UGAGUGAAUGGUUUGUUACAGAUAUCACAGUGAUAUAAUGUUCUUUCUUUCUUUUUAUCAUCAGGAAAAUCAAUACUUUUAGACUGCGUUUCACGUUUAACUUUGUUUUUACACAAUUCAUCUUCCAUAAUUUUUUGUCUCGCCACAAGACACAGAUGUUUUUCUGCUAUUUUAUUCCUAACAAAUAAUUCUUUUGCCGUAUUUUCUUCAACUCUAAUUUUCAUUUAUAUUUGAAGAUGCCAGUCCUUUGAAUAUAAGAUCAACUUGUAUAUAUUGCAGUUAAUUUUCGUUUGGCGUAAAUAUUUCACAGUAAUUCUUCCAUAGAUUUAUAUAAACACGGUUGAUAUUUGCUCUGCACAUCUUUUAAUCUUUAGAAGAUCAUAAAUAAUGAUGGAUCUCAAGUUAAUGAAAUUCUUUUACACCAAUGUCAUCCGAUAUUCUGAAAUAAAGAAACAAUAUAAAAUAAAGGGGAUAUUUAAAAUGAAGACAUUCAACAGUGGUCAUUUUCUUACAUUUCUUCUAUAUUGAUAAACUGUAGAUAGAAACGUUUACCUGAAUAACUGAACUCAUCCAAUGAAGAUGACGAAACAUUAAUUGGACUCUCUGAGUCAAUGGAAUACCUGAACUAUUCGUACGUGGGGACCGACAAUGGACUGAGAAUGAUUGGGGAAAUUACAAAAAUAGACUUGGUUAAAACAACUGAAGCGAAACGGAAGAUUUAAGUGCAUGAAAAUGACUUAAAUGCCAUUAUUACACGUUACUCUUUUGUAAUUGCUGAAGUCUAACCUUGUGAAUAAAUUACAAUGUUAUCCUGAAGAAAGAAUAGUUUUUUUUUUCUCUUUGUUAUUGAGUAAACUCACAAAAUAACUUAAUUGAAAGUAAUUGCAAAUUAUAUGUACAUGAUAUGUAAUUAUAUGUACAUGGAUCAUAUGGUAAUAAAUCAAAAUCAUUAGACUUCGACAAUGAAAAAAUGAGAUCUAAAACACUUUUAGGACUUUUCGUAUUCGUUCCAUUUCAGUUGCGUUAGCUAUGUCUAAAUUUUGCACUUUGCCCUUUUACUGUCAGUCCGACAGAUACGUUAGACAAAGCCAACCAAGUGCGAAGGAGAGAGACAAAUACACGUGUGGAAUGAAUGGGAAAACAAAUAAAGUCAUCUAUCUCAUGUAAUGGAAAUAAUAAAGGUCCAGAAAUGUGAGAGAGGCGUCUGUUAUUUUUUAUUUAUAUAUUUAUAUUGCCAUCCAGUCCAGGCGACUUGACCAGACCAAAUGUUACCCUUUGCGCGUAAGGCGUCUAGAUCGAGAAAUGAAGCACGAAUGUCCGGUCCGGCUUUCAGCCACAUCGGUUUUUCGCAAGCUGAAAUAUUUCAUUACGCACACCUCAUCAACAGAUGAUAGCAGUAGUUCACUAACUGAACUGAUUGCUCUUGGCCGUUGACAGUUCGUUGUCUGUCCUCCCUCUCAAUGUUCAUCUGCCGAAAUUUUUUACAUCCACCUUGCUGCAUCCCAUGAUUUCAAUGUACCCUGGGUAUUUAAGCCAUAACUGAUACCCUGACAGGUGCUAAUACUCCAGGUCAGAGGAGACCUGGGAACAUUAGUGGUUCUACCCUCCUCAAUACUCUGGAAUUCCGGAAUUAGGGUCCCUACAGGACAAAUCUGUAGUUGAAAAAGAAAUUUUAAAAAAACCUUUACCUUUACCACAAAUGACAUUAGAAUCUAGAUAUUAAUUUAAUAUUGAUGUUAAUGAGUGAUUUAUUUACAUCAUGAAAAAAAUUUUUUUUUCUGAAAACGAGGAAAAUAAUUGAAAUACAUGGAACCUACCAAUCUGAGGAACGUAAAUGUUUUGACACCGUGUUUGGUGAUGGAGGACGAUAAUAAAUAGAACGAAGAAUUAGCAAAUCUACAUCUUUUUAGAGAAUAAAACAUAUGAAGUAGACCAGGAUAUAUUUAGAGACUGGCCUAGUAACGAAAGUAUGCCUAAAGACUUAUGCUAAUACUAGAGAGGGAGUUAGUUGCUCUGACAAUUUAUUCUUAAAACUUGCUAAAUAAUUGUGAAUCCCCUGCUAUAUUGUUUGAUAAACAUCUUUAUUACUGGGUCAGAUCUAGUUUACAACUGACAUUUAGGGACUGAUUGUUAGUAAUUAACAUGUGGAAAGAAAUAGCUACAACAUUCUUUAUCAUGUUAAUGUGAAAAUCUAAAUGAAGGUUUGUUGUAAAAUAGAAGUUGUGUUGAAGCUGUCCUUGUCCAGUCUGAGUUGUGACUACUUGAAUCGAUCGUGACAUCUUCGUCAUUGGCUCUGUAUUAAUAUCAUAUCAGAUGAUAUUGGCACAAAAAAAUUAUUUACCUGAGAUCCAGCAAUAUUCAUAAUCUUUUAAACACUCAAAGGAAAUGUCAUACAGAACAAAUAUAAACCUGUUUAUACAAAUAUCUGGUUGAAUUAUUGUUGAAAUAUUUGCUCUGAACUGAGAUUCAAAGCAAAAUAGCUUUACCUCACUGGCUAGAAUGUGUAGCAGAGGAUUUUGCAUUUUAAUUAAACUUUGGAUUACAAAGGAAAUUCCAGCUUCAUCAAAUAGUGACAAAAACCACAGUUGAUAGAAAUAUUUGUUAAGAAUAAAAUAUAAAAGCAAUACUAAGAGAAACAUCUGUCUCUUGUGGUGAGAGAAGAAAAGUUAUGGAAAAUGAAUUAUAUCAGAGCAAAGUUAUGUGUAAAACACUUUCUGAUGUUGCUGUUGAUAUAAAGAAAGAGAAUGAAAAAGCCUAUUGCUGUGAUGUCUGUAAAAAGUUAUUCUCUCAAAAAGGCAACUUAACUAUACAUAAACGUAUUCACACAGGAGAGAAACCAUACUAUUGUGAUAUCUGUGGCAUAUCAUACUCUCGUAACCAACACUUAACUAAUCACAAACGUAUUCACACAGGAGAGAAACCAUAUCAGUGUGAUAUUUGUGGGAAAUCAUUUUCGCAAAUAAGCCACUUAACUACACACAAAUACAUUCAUACAGGAGAGAAACCAUAUCACUGUGAUAUCUGUGGUAAAUCAUUCUCUGGAAGUACUUAUUAUUCUGCUCAUAAACGUAUCCAUGCAGGAGAGAGACCAUAUCACUGUGAUAUAUGUUGCAAAUCAUUCUCUGCAAAUAGUUACUUAACUACUCACAAACGUAUUCAUACAGGAGAGAAGCCAUUCCACUGUGAUAUUUGUGGUAAAUCAUUCUCUGGAAGUGGUGACUUAACUAAACACAAACGUGUUCAUACAGGAGAAAAGCCAUAUCACUGUGAUAUCUGUGGGAAAUCAUUCUGUCAAAAAAGUAACUUAACUCUACACAAACAUAUUCAUACUGGAGAGGAGUCAUAUAAUUGUAAUGUCUGUGGCAAAUCAUUCUUUGCACCAAGCCAUUUAACUACUCACACAGGAGAGAAGCCAUAUCAUUGUGAUCAUCAUCAUCAUCGUUUAACGUCCGCUUUCCAUGCUAGCAUGUGAUGUGUGUGGUAAAUCAUUCUCUCAAAAAAUAGUAAUCAUUAAUCAUAAACGUAUUCAUACAGGAGAAAAACCAUAUCACUGUGAUAUCUGUGGUAAGUCAUUCUCCAGAAAUCAUCAUUUAACUAGUCACAAACACAUUCACACAGGAGAUAAACCACAUCACUGUGACAUCUGUGGUAAAUCAUUCUCUCAAAAUAGUCACUUAACUAUCCACAAACGAAUUCACACAGGAGAGAGGCCUUGUCUCUGUGAUAUCUGUGGCAAAUCAUUCUCCCAAAGAAGCCACUUAACUAAUCAUGCAUGUUAUCACAUAGAACAGUAACUUAUCUAUGUCAAAAUUCAGUUCAUUGUAACUACUAUAUAGUUUGUGCAAUAAAUUUUUGUUGAUCAAAUUAA